AUAUCGAGUGGCCAUGACUGGUGCCUGGACACCGACUUUCGCGCCACAGAAUUAGCAGAAACUGCGGCGUUGGAAGUGAACAGAAAUGGCUAGAGAUAACUGUCUGAGGUUCAUUUCCAAGAUUUCAAGCAACAAAGGAAAGCGAGUGAACUCUUGCAGGGUUUCAGGUACGAAAACGUGGAAAUUGAAGAGUCAGUAUUGACCGAAUGGCGCGUCCUGUGCUCCGGGGACUAUGUGAGAUCGAAUAUUCGAAGCAGAAUCAGAAAUCCGGCACUUUGAUGAAUUCCAGGCGCGGACCCAGCAUAUCCACCGCCUCUGACUCCUAACACUAUCUUUAAAUUCAUCUGAACUAAUUGGCCAUAAGGCAAGUUGUGUGCUGCAUCGGAGAGACAGUGAUAAUGAGUCGUCCGUUCCUCAGGAGAAUGCUGGAAGGUGCAUGAAGGGAAGGUGAAUGCACAACGUUCAAAAUGUCGCAAAUUUUCACAUCCUCACAUUUUACUAUGUGCUGAGCCUUGGCCAGGCUGAGCUGCCUGAGUACAGUUUGGUGGCGAUGCUAGAUGACCACCACAUAGUCUAUUUCGACAGCACCCUGGAGUGGUGUGUACCCAGACAGCAAUGGAUGGCACAGUCCUUCCCAAAGGAUCACUGGACUAUGAUGACUAUCACCAUGGCAGGAUUACAUGGUCUCGUCAAAGGGAACAUUGAGAUAUUUUACCAACAACACCGCGGAGGUUCUGGCCUGUUCUUCGUCCAGGGAAUGUGUGGCUGUGAAUUGCACAGUGAUAAUUCCACCGAUGGGUUUAUAAAGCUGGGGUACAAUGGGCAAGAUGCAUUUGUUUUCGAUAAGGAUGCAAUGAGUUGGAUCGCAUUCAAUCCAGAGUUCCAGGCGUUAGCAGACCGGUUGAAUCUCCACACCUUCAUGAAUAAAUACUUCAAGACUCUGUUGGAAAAGGACUGUGUGAAAUGGCUGCAGAUAUACCUUGAAUUUGGACGGGCAGCACUGCAGAGGAGAGUCAUCCCUGAGGUGUUCAUUAGCAGCAGGACUGACGGUGAGCGAGUGCUGAAACUCUCCUGCCUUGUGACAGGCUUUUAUCCUGGGGCUAUCGAGGUGACGUGGCUAAGGAAUGAAGUGGUGGUCCUUGAAGUUGAAUCCAGUGACGUGCUUCCCCACCAGGAUGAAACAUAUCGGGUGACAAAGACAAUGGAGGUCAGUCGAGAUGGUGGGGAGAGGUACUCCUGCCAUGUUGAGCAUGCCAGCCUCAUGCGGGAGCUCAAUGUACCCUGGGAGCGUAUGUCAGAUGGAGGCAUUAAAUUGGAAACGAUGAUUCGAGCAACAGCUAUCUCGCUCACUCUUCUUGUGAUCAUCAUUGGAAUUGGUUUCUGGAGGAAGAGAUGGGGUGAUCAGCCUGACAGUGACAAGCAGGUGCACUCAGAGCACUAGAGACUAUCAGAGAGCAGAAGAGCCAAACGGAUAACAGCAAACACCAGCAGAGACUGGCAGAGACCAGCAGAGGAUAUCAGAUAUGAUCAGAGACCAGCAGCUGGCCAGAAUUCACUUCCCACAUUUCCUUGAACCUCUGGGCCCAUGACUGGCAUUGAUGCCAACAUGGGCAUGUUUGGUGUCACAGAAUGGAAGGAGCUCGGAUCCUCCUGAUAGAAUAAUUCCAGCUUCUCAUAAUGAUCUAUAGGGAGGCUGGUCCUCCCCCUGGUCUAGAGCUGGGUUCAGUUCCAGUUACUAAAUUUAAAGAUUAACGGUAGCAGUGGAAUUUUGCAUAAAAAGGAACAGAAUAAAUAAGGUCCAUGGAGUCUGCUCUUUCAUUGAAUAUGAUCACGGCUGAACUUUGAGAUCAAUGUAUCUUACCCACCUUGUUUCCGUAUCCCUGUUUCCUCUAGUGCCCCAUUGACAUCCAUCUUGACUCCACAGAUCAAUUGUGUAAUUUUGUGAGAAAGAAUUUGAAAGAUUACCAACUCACUGUGGAGGAAUCUAUCCUCAUCCCAUUCUGAAAGAAUUGCUGCCUUAGUUUAAGUUUGUGACAGACAGCUCUGGACAACCAAACAGUCAUCUCCUCAGAGCUCCUUGGACUCUACCCCGUCCAACAUUCUAUGCUUCACUGAGGUCACCUCUAUUUUUCCAAACUUGAGAGUAUCAGCCUAUUCUACUUACAUUUGCCUUGCAGAAGAACCAUGUCAUCCAAUGAAUAUUUGAACCAUUAUUAGGUUCUAAUGUAUAUAUGUCCUUCCUUAGGUAAAGAGGCCAACACUGUACACAAUAGUCCAGGUUUGAUCUCAUCGUAGCUCUACAAAAUCACAGUUGGAUAUCUUCAUUCUUAUACUCAACUCACUUUUAAACCCUCUCACCCUCCUAAAUGGUUUUUAUGCUCUGUGUGUUCAUUUUCUGUGAUUUUGUUGACUUAAAAUGAUUAGGUUUAUUAUUGUCACAUGAACCUCACCAGAGUGAGAAGUUUUGCGUGCAAACAAAAGUUGGCCUCUU